GAGCUGAAGUUGUGUUUUCUGUGGACUGCACCAAGCUGAAGGACUAUUUUUUACCAGAAAAAAGAGAAUUUGAUUGCAUUUAUUUCAACUUCCCUCACAGUGGGAGAAAGGCUGGGGUAGUGAAGAACAGAGAGCUUCUUGCCCACUUUUUCGAUAGCUCUGCAGAAGUGUUGACAGAGGAGGGAGAGGUCCAUGUGGCUCUUUGCAAUGGACAGGGUGGGACACCUGCUGAUCAACCAAGGAGAGAAUGGCACAACAGUUGGCAAAUAGUGGCUGUGGCAGCAGGAGCUGGAUUUAUCUUGAGUAACGUUCAUCCUUUUAAAGCAGAGACUAUCCAUGGAUAUAAGUGUACAGGCUACAGGAGUCAAGAUAAAUCUUUCUGUGUAGAGGGUGCUUUAAACCACAUUUUCACACGAAGCAUGCCACUUCUGUAUUUCAAACCUAUGAUCUGCAAGGUAGAACUGGAAAGCCAAAAAGUUUCUUUUCAAGUACCACAAGUACUUGUGGAUAAAAUUAAUAGGGGUUUCCUAGAACUAAAUUCAAAUCAUCCAGUACGGACAGUAAAGGAGAAGCUCACUGCAGAGCUCAGCCAAGCCUUUCCGUUACAAAACAUUGAUGACUGCCUUUCUCUGCUCCACCAAGGUCACCUCAAUGGUGUCUGUCACUCAAAUAUCUUUUGGAUCAUUCUGAGCCCAGAGGAGACUCCAAGCACUGAAGAAAUGUCUAAUGGACUGGCAAAUGCAGUUUUAUUUUCCCAUGUUGAUUUUUGCAGGGACACGGAUAAGGAUGGCUGGGUGAAUGUACAAGAGGGAUGCCACAUUUCAAAACAGUAUUAUCUUAGACCUUCCCUUCUACCUUAUGCUCAGGCAAUAAUACAAAGAGGAGCCUUUCUCCCGGGGACACUUCAUGUUCUUUCUGGCCUAGUUUUCAGGAAGUGUCUUAUCACUCCUUACUCCAUGCCUGUUUUUCAUGAGAUGGUUUUUGUAUGUGCAGUUAACAGGGGUACAGAGAACAGCUGUAUCCAGAUGUUGGUGAAUAACAUUAAAACCAGCAUACAUUCUCUUCACCAGACUGUUUCCGGCUUUAAACUGAAUAUCAAUCUGCAGGAAGCAAUGAGCUUUGAAAAAAAUGAGCUGCAUGACUUUGCUGCUUUUGAAUCUCAGGUUAGUAAAAUUCAGUACUUCAUCUGUGUGGAGAUAGAUAAUUCAGGCUCCUGUGAGAAGGGCUCCUGUGAGAAGGGCUCCUGUGUGGGAAUUAUAAGGACAGCUCAUUAUGAACUAGUAAGCAGUGAGUUGGUUGCUGUCUUUGCUUCAUUGAACCUUGACCUCCUAGCCAUGCUGAUCUGUGGAAUAUCUGACUGGCGAAUGCUCUGGACAUCAGACACACGCUUCCUCCGUCAAUUUCCUAAAGGAGAGUUAAGGCUUUUCAAGAGUUUUUCUCUCUAUCCACCUUCCUAUGUUCAUGAUAUCAGCUUUUGGGUUCCUGAUGGGGAACAAUUUGAUGAAGUCGCUUUUCACACCAUUGCUAGGCGGGUGUCAGGUGAAAUGGUCGUAUCCAUCCAGUUAAUCGACAGUUUCCAGCAGUCAGAGACCGGACGGAAGAGCCUCUGCUACAGGCUGACCUUUCAGUCCUGUGACAAGGCACUGAGCCGCCAGGCGGUGGCAGAGAUGCAGCUGCUCUUUCGGAAGGAAAUAAACCAACGCUUGCGUGUAACUCUUCGGUAG